UAACUUCAUUGCGUUCACGGUGAAAACAUGUUAAAAAUAGUGCAGUAAAUUCGGAUAACAUUUAAAGUGAAGCUGAGAGCUAUUAAUUCGUAAUGGCCCAUCACUAUGUGGUGACGGCACACAAGCCGACAGCAAUAACAGCAUGCGUUACAGGCAACUUUACGUCGCCGCAAGACUUAAACUUAAUUGUCGCGAAAAAUACGCGUCUCGAAAUAUAUUUGGUUACACCAGAGGGUCUGAGGCCCAUAAAGGAAAUUGGUUUAUAUGGCAAGGUAGCUGUUAUGAAGCUAUUCAGGCCACAGCAUGAGAAGAAGGACUUGCUUUUUAUCGUUACAUUACGUUACAAUGCCAUGAUCUUGGAGUGCUUGAAUAAUGGGGAGAACAUUGAAAUUCUUACAAAAGCUUAUGGUAAUGUUGCAGAUCGUAUUGGUAAACCUUCAGAAACUGGUAUCUUGGCCGUGAUUGACCCAAAAUCUCGUUUUAUUGGUCUCAGACUAUACGAUGGUCUCUUUAAAAUAAUUCCUCUGGAUAAAGACAACUAUGAAUUGAAAGCAACCAACUUCAAAAUGGAAGAGUUGCAGGUGUAUGAUGUUGAGUUUCUCCAUGGGUGUGCUAACCCAACACUUAUUCUCAUUCAUCAAGAUGUAAAUGGGAGACAUGUUAAAACCCAUGAAAUAUCCUGGAGGGAAAAAGAAUUUGUCAAAAUUCCGUGGAGACAAGACAAUGUCGAAACUGAGGCCUCUAUUAUAAUACCAGUACCAUCUCCUCUUGGAGGGGCCAUUAUAAUUGGCCAAGAAAGUAUUUUAUAUCAUGAUGGUAUCACAUCAGUUGUUGUAGCACCACCAGUUAUCAAGCAAAGCACUAUUGUAUGUUAUGCAAAAGUAGACCCUGGAGGUUUGAGAUAUUUGUUAGGAGAUAUGGCUGGGCACUUAUUUAUGUUGUUUUUGGAAACAGAAACUAAAGGGGAAACUAAUGAAGUGGUGAAAGACAUAAAAGUUGAAAUGCUUGGAGAAAUUGUUACGCCGGAAUGUAUAACUUAUUUGGACAACGGCGUUCUGUUUAUUGGUUCUCGCCUGGGCGACUCGCAACUCAUAAAGUUGAACACAAAGGCGGAUGAAUACGGUUCUUAUGUGACUGUUAUGGAAUCGUUCACGAAUCUUGCGCCAAUCAUAGACAUGUGCGUUGUGGAUUUGGAGCGCCAGGGUCAAGGACAAUUGGUCACUUGUUCGGGUGCUUUCAAGGAAGGUUCAUUGCGUAUAAUUCGCAACGGAAUUGGCAUUCAGGAGCAUGCAUCCAUCGACUUGCCCAGCAUCAAGGGCAUGUGGGCGAUACAAGUUGCUUCCGCCGGAACGUUAGAUAAUACACUUGUAUUAGCUUUUGUGGAACAAACACGCGUGUUGAGCCUGAACGGCGAGGAGGUGGAGGAGACAGAUAUACCUGGGUUUGCUGCAGAUUUGCAGACCUUCUAUUGUGGCAAUGUCGUUCACGACCAAAUAAUUCAAAUCACUUCGGUGUCGGCCCGUUUAGUGUCUGCCCAAAAUAAAACUUUGCUUGCAGAGUGGAAGCCACCAACAGAUUCAAUCAUAAGCGUUGUCGCAUGCAAUCAAACUCAGAUCGCCGUAUCAACGGGAUCUGAUCUCUACUACAUUGAAAUCCACCCUAACGAGCUAAUUCUUAAAGGACUUACCACAUUGGAUGUGGAAAUUGCAUGCCUUGAUAUCAGUCCUCUAGGCGAAGGAAAGCAAAGGUCUGACGUGGUGGCAGUGGGUCUGUGGACCGACAUAUCGGUAAGAAUCUUGCGUUUACCAGACUUGACUGAAGCCACAAAAGAAAUGCUGGGCGGUGAAAUUAUCCCACGAUCUGUGCUUAUGACGAACUUCGAGGGCCAGAAUUACUUGCUUUGUGCGCUAGGAGAUGGUUCCAUGUUCUAUUUCCUCUUCAACAACGAAAUUACAGCGUUGACCGAAAAGAAGAAAGUCACUUUAGGUACACAGCCCACCGUUUUAAAGACGUUCCGUUCGCUCAGUACCACAAAUGUAUUUGCAUGUUCGGAUAGACCCACAGUUAUUUAUUCGUCAAAUCAUAAAUUAGUAUUCUCCAAUGUUAAUAUGAAAGAAGUAAAUCAUAUGUGUUCACUUAACGCUGAAGCAUACCCAGACAGUUUAGCCCUCGCCACAGAUAAUUCAGUAACAAUAGGCACUAUUGAUGAAAUACAAAAAUUGCAUAUUCGAACAGUGCCCCUGCAAGAAUCGCCGAAACGCAUUGCCUAUCAGGAAGCGUCACAGACGUUCGGUGUUAUUACUUCCCGCAUCGACAUCCAAGACUCGACAGGUCUGAACCCGGCCCGUCAGAGUGCCUCCACUAUGACACAGUCAGUGACUGUCUCCAGCAGUGUUAGCAGCUUAGCGGUUAACAAGUCAAGCGGAGCUGGCGCCGCCAGUACCACUAGCAGUUUGGUCCCCGACUACGGACAAGAGGUUGAAAUCCAUAGUCUACUGAUCAUUGAUCAAAAUACCUUCGAAGUAUUGCACGCCCAUCAGCUGAUGCAACAGGAAUAUGCCAUGUCAUUGAUUUCUUGUCAACUUGGAACUGAUCACAACACCUAUUUUAUUAUAGGUACGGCCGUUGUAAAUCCGGAAGAGCCUGAACCAAAGCAGGGACGGUUGCUGGUGUUCCACUGGAAUGAAAACAAGCUAUUCCAAGUCUCUGAAAAAGAAAUUAAGGGUGCUUGUUACUCGCUGGCCGAGUUCAAUGGUAAAUUACUGGCUAGUAUAAACAGCACUGUCAGAUUGUUCGAGUGGACUGCCGAGAAGGAACUGCGAUUGGAAUGUUCCCAUUUCAAUAAUAUCAUCUCCUUAUUUUUAAAGACGAAAGGCGACUUUAUACUUAUUGGAGAUCUGAUGAGGAGCAUGACUCUCCUACAGUACAAAACGAUGGAGGGCAGUUUCGAAGAGAUUUCUCGUGAUUACAAUCCGAAUUGGAUGACGGCCAUUGAGAUCCUUGACGACGAUAUAUUCUUGGGCGCCGAAAAUAGCUAUAACCUCUUCGUAUGCCAGAAAGAUAGUGCUGCAACAACGGACGAGGAACGUGCCCAGAUGCAGGAAGUUGGACAGUUUCAUGUGGGCGACAUGAUAAAUGUCUUUAGACACGGUUCGCUGGUCAUGCAGAAUCUUGGCGAGUCUUCGACGCCCACUAGGGGAUGUGUUUUAUUCGGUACAGUUGGCGGAGCUAUUGGUUUGGUUACUCAAAUUCCGCAAAACUUCUACGAAUUCUUGCUCGAGUUGCAAACAAAAUUGUCGACGGUGAUCAAGUCGGUUGGAAAAAUUGAGCAUAGUUAUUGGAGGGCGUUUCACACAGACAUUAAAACUGAAGCGUGCGAAGGAUUUAUUGAUGGGGACUUGAUUGAAAGUUUUCUGGAUUUGUCCCAGGAGAAGAUGAAGGAGGUGGCUGAUGCUUGUCAGCAAGUAACUGUUGAGCACUUAGUGAAAAUGAUUGAGGAUUUGACUAGAAUACAUUAAUUUAGUAUCCCCGUUUUUGGGGAUCAUUUCAAUGUCAAUAUUCAAUUCAAUGAAACGAAUUCCUAUAAGGUUAUGUAUAUUAGAAAUAAAAAUGUUUCUUACUAA